CCCCCGACACUCAGUGAUUCUGCUCGCGGUGUGAAUGGAGAUUUUAAUUCUGCCAACUCGGCCGAGGUCGAUUGCCGGCAUGGACACUUCGGGCACAUCCUCAACGUUGUUAGACACCCUAUCACACUCUCCCUCUCCUCCACAGCAGAGUUUAAACCCUCUUUUGCCUACGCAGUUUCGUGUGACCUAUCUUCCGAAGAUGAAGUAACCGAUACAAUGCGGAGGCUACGUAACAACAAGGCGUGUCUCGAAGAGAAUAUUCCCGCGGAAAUCUAUGAGUACUGUGUCCACACCCUAGCUCAUCGGCUUCAUGAGGUGAUUGUACAGGCGUGGCGAGAAGAGGCCGGUCCCGGUAACUGA